AUGAAGAUCUUAUUACUUUGUAUAAUUUUUCUAUAUUAUGUUAACGCUUUUAAAAAUACACAAAAAGAUGGAGUGUCCUUACAAAUAUUAAAAAAGAAAAGAAGCAACCAAGUGAAUUUUUUAAAUAGAAAAAAUGAUUACAAUUUGAUAAAAAAUAAAAACCCACCUAGCUCUUUAAAAAGUACUUUUGAUGAUAUUAAAAAAAUUAUAUCAAAGCAAUUAUCAGUAGAAGAAGACAAAAUACAAAUGAACUCAAAUUUUACCAAGGAUUUGGGGGCUGAUAGUUUAGACCUCGUUGAAUUAAUUAUGGCACUUGAAGAAAAGUUUAAUGUUACUAUUUCUGAUCAAGAUGCUUUGAAAAUUAACACAGUUCAAGAUGCUAUAGAUUAUAUAGAAAAAAAUAAUAAACAAUAA